AAAAAAUCCAUUCAACAUUUCUCGAGCAACCUUGGUCAGAAACAUCGCGGAGGAGAGAUCAAGUAUUGACGAAGACACCACUGGUUUUUGUUUUCCGUAGCUAAGAGCAAGAAAGAAAUCGGUGUAUGAAUGAGAAAUCCGCCCACCCUUGUAUCGCUCGCGAUCGAUUCUGCACUGAACAACUUCGCCAGUAUAUACGAUCUCUCCUUUCUGCCUGAACACAUUCUUCUCGAGCUACUUGCGAGAACGUUGAAAGCUGGGAAAUUGAACGAGAAGAUUUUGAAUUUGUUUGUGGCAACUGACAAAGAAGAAAUUCUUUCGUUCAUCGAGUCUCUCAAUAUCCAGCAUAUUAUGCUUCCUGUUCUUCCUACUCGAUGCUCCGAUAAAUAUUAAUGCACGUUUUGCACGAAACGAGAGAGGGCUUCUAUAAAUGAGUGCUCUUCUCAAGAGAACAAAGCUGCUCUUAUUUUUUUCGAUUGCUUAUUUCGAAAUAAUGUCUCGACUAAGCAUCGAAUAUGAUGAGGUGGGCAUUUGUUAUAUAGUUUGUGAAUAAGAAGAGUAUCCGGAAAUGAAUACGAACAAUGUAGAAGGCCGGAAUCAUUUGGUAGAUGUCGAUAUUUUUUUAUUUUCCUUUUUUGCCCCCUCUGUUAUUUGUUUCUAUAUUCAUCUGUAUGUGGUGGUGUGUGCAUGUAUAUUACAUGUGGGGAUUUAUAUACAUACAUGUGUGUAUAGUUCAUUAUAAAGCUAAUCUUUGAUCUUCUAUUAA